AUGGGGCCAGGGUUCCCACUCCGGCCAUGCCCAGGAGGGGGCUGGGUCCGGGGCCACCAGAGAGAAGGACACGGGGGAUACCCGCAGGCUCUGCCCACACACAUCACUGCCUCAGCGUUUGCCAAGGCCCGGGCUGCAGAGGUGAAGGCCAUGUUGAUGGCCGUCACCAAGACAACAGGCAGCUCCCAUGUGUUUGGAGCUCUUCCUAAACACAUGAGGAGAAGAGCCAUGAGCCAUAACACCAAGAGACUGCCCUGCAGGCUGAGAGAUAUGGCCAACAACAUGUUGGAGAAGAGUCAGAAGGCUGGUCAGAAGGUGAAGAAGGAACAGUCCAAGAGCAAGAGCCGUAAAGCCCGGCGUCGCCACGGCAACAUGCUCCUGGAGUUCAACCGCCGCCAGCGGAAGAACCUGUGGCUGGAGACUCACAUCUGGCACGCCAAGCGCUUCCACGUGGUCAAGAGAUGGGGCUACUGUCUGGGAGACAGGCCAACCUACAAGUGUUACAGAGCCUGCUACAGAGCCAUGAGCUCCCACUGUCUCCUACAGGUUAGUGUCUUUACCCACGGAGGCUUUUUGGGGGCUGGAUAUCUGGGAAGCACUUUGGGACAACUGAUAGGAAAUACAUUUUGAUUUGAUUGACUGAUU